CUUCCAAAAGUUUAAACCUUUCUUCCACAACUUCUCUGCAUUGCCUACUCAAUCAUGACCGGGAAAAAGAGCCAAAACAGCCCAGUGGGAAGUCCAUUAUCGGGUAAUGUCUCCGAUUGCUCAUCUAAGGAGCAAGACCGCUUUCUUCCGAUAGCAAAUGUUAGCCGGAUCAUGAAGAAAUCACUCCCUGCAAACGCAAAAAUAUCAAAAGAAGCCAAGGAAACCGUCCAAGAAUGUGUAUCUGAGUUCAUUAGCUUCAUCACGGGCGAAGCGUCGGAUAAAUGUCAAAGGGAAAAGAGGAAGACCAUCAAUGGUGAUGAUCUUUUGUGGGCUAUGACGACAUUAGGGUUUGAGAAUUAUGUCAGUCCAUUGAAGGUUUAUCUCAACAAAUAUAGGGAAAAUGAAGGUGACAAAAGUUCCAUGGUCAGAGAAGAGGAUCAGCUUCCACCUAUUAGUCCUAAUAAAACCAGUAGUGGCCAUGGUGAAGUGUCUAGAGGUAAUGAUCCCAUAUCAGCAAGGCCUAAUUUUCAGACUCUUUCCAAUGCUUAUUAUUCACUUGAUUCAAAGGUGGCCUCAAAAGGCCAUGGAGAUCCAGGAAGGAUGAUUGGCUAUGGUGAGAAUUUGAUGGCCGGUGCCUACAAUAUUGGCAAAAUCCAUGAAAUUGAGGGAAGUGGUAAUAGGGUCAUCACCACUAAUCUUCAUCAUGGGAUUGAGUGGUAGACUUGGGAAUAUAUAUAUAAGAUACCACAUAUAUAUAUAGUAUUAAUAAUUUGUAACUUUUUUGUAUGGACUUUAAUUUUCUUAGCUUUUUGUUAACAUGACUAUAAUGAAGCAUUUUGACUAGAAUGCAAUUUGGAGGACUAUCAUGUUUU